AUGUGUUCUAUAUUCGGCUGGCUGGCUCUACCAUUCGUCACUAUUGCUUUUAUUGUUGCUAACGUAUUUGGUGUUAUUCAAUUAUUUUUAAGAAGCGGAAGCCAACCAGGCGCUUAUCCUAUGAACACUUCAACUGACAACAAGCCUAUCCAAGAUUCUACCUCCAACCUGCAGGACACACCCGUUCCUACCAACAAAGCUCUUAUAACCAUCCUUUCACAAGCCUCCGAAGAUGAUAUCAGAAAAUACGAUGAACAACUUAGCUAA